AUGGUGAAGUCAUACUUGAGGUAUGUCCCUGAAUCAUCUUAUGGGGUCCUGUUAACAUCGGCAUUUCAAAAUGGAGUAAAAAUACUCCAAAAAGGGUUGAAACUAGAGAAUGAGCAAGAUUCAACAAGGUAUGGAGCAAGUAUUUCGGGAGAGAAGGUUCUAAUUUUCGAUUUGAAAACCGGAGUAAUUGCCAGGACACUUUCUGUUGAAACAGUUGGAAGGGUUUAUUCUGGUGAAGGUAUUCCUUCAAUUGUUCAUUAUGUAACAGCAAUAUGUCAACAUCCAAAAAAGCCAGAGGUUAUAGCUGUAGGCUAUUCAGACGGUAGUGUGAGGGUAUGGGAUAUUUCCUCAAAUUCAGUUAUUCAUACUUUUCACGGCCAUGGAAAGAAUAUUACAGCAUUGAAAUUUUGUAGGACAGGGAAUUAUUUAUCAUGUGGCAGUUUUGACACUGAAGUUACUCUAUGGGAUACAUUUUCAGGAAAUGGGCUGUUCAGAUUUUCUGGUCAUCUGAAUGAGAUUACUGAUAUUGAGUUUGUUCACAAAGUUAAGUUAUGGACAAAAGAAGAUAACGAAUCAAGUAAAAGUGAAGCAGAUAUAAACAAUAAUAAGAAUACAAACUUUAAUUAUAGAUUUAAUGUUAUCUUAGAAGAUACUCCACAUAUUAUGAUAACUUCAAGUAAAGAUUGUACUGUCAAGAUUUGGAAUAUUCAAAAUCAAAUUUGUCUGCAAACCUUAACAAAACAUAAAGGAGAGAUCUAUAGUAUAUUACUGAAUCCUUUGUGCAAUAGAUUAUUUACUGCAGGAUCAAGUGGAGAAAUAUCAAUAUAUAGACUUACUCAUCAUGUUACUGGACUUGGAAGGGACUCUUUAUUACCAAAUGAUCAAGCUGUAGAAAACUGUGAUCUUUUUAAGGAAAAUACAGAAAAAGAAUCUAAAUUGGCCAUUUACUAUGGUGGAAUUCCGAGAUUCCAAGGUGGAAAAUCCUCAAAAGUAAUUAAGCUUCUUUCUAAGUGGUCAGAUUUUUUUACUGACAAUCAAUUAGAGCUAUUGGAUGAUUUUUAUGGUACUAUUUUCGCUUUCACAAAUUCAAACUCUAUUGAAUCUUUUUCGUACUUAGAUUCAGAGAAAAUUAGUCAAAGGAUUAAAAAGCUUAAUAAAAAAUUAAAUAGAGAUUCUAAAACUGAAUCUCACGAUUCCAAUAUCUUUGCUGGGAAUUAUGAGACUCUUUCACUAGGUAAAAGACUUUUAAUUCCAGAAGAAGAAAUGAUUGGAACUCGUCUUUUGGGCAUAGAUUUUGAUCCUUCUAGUAAUACAUUUAUUGCUGGAUUAGGAAACAAUUCUUUAAGAUAUAUUUCCCUAUGUGAUAACUUUAUGGACGAAAUUGAACAUAAAGAAAAGUCUAAAGAGAAUGUUUCAAAUUCACAAAAUGAGGAGUCUGGACUUUCUUCUCAAGUCAGUGCUUGCAAAGUACUUAGAAGAAUUGAAAAUGAGGGACAUAGAGGAAUACCUAGAGCUAUUGAUAUUUCCCAAGAUGAUAAAUUUGUUGCAACUUUUGGUGAUGAUACUAUUAAAAUUUGGAAUAUGAAAGGCUUUGGAUGUGUACGAACAAUAAUAGCUGAGAGCCCAGUAUGUGGGUUCAUUGUGCCAGGAGGUGAUUAUACAAUAUCAGGAACAAAACAAGGAAGCAUACAGCUACAUGAUAUUGCCAAUUGCAAGCUAAUUCAGUCUUUGGACAAUUCUCAUGAAAAUGCUGUCCAGUCUUUAGCUUUAUGCCCAGAUAAUACAAGUUUUGUAUCAGUUGCUCAGGAUAAAUCUCUGAAUAUGUAUAAUUUUGGGCUCGAGGAUAAUCCAGAAAAUGAUGAAAAUAAGGUAACUAUUAAGUUGAGCAAGACUUUACCACUCUUAGAAGAAGGUCUAGCUGUCAAAUUUACCCCAAAUGGUAAAUAUCUCAUUGUAUCUUUACUGGACAGCACUGUAUUAGUGUUACAUUCUGAUACUCUCAAGCAGUUUUUAGUCUUAUAUGGCCAUUCCUUACCUGUUGCAUGCUUGGAUAUUUCUCAUGAUAACACAAUUGUAGCAACUGGAAGUGCUGACAAGACUAUCAAAAUUUGGGGUUUAGAUUUUGGAAAUAUUCAAAGAUCAUUUCAUGCUCACAAUGAGUGUGUAACUCAGGUAUGUUUUGUUAGAGAUACCCACUACCUUGUAAGUACUGCAAGAGAUGGAUCUUUAAAGCUAUGGGACACAGAUAAGGGCGAACUGAUCACUAUUUUACAUCAGAAAUCUACAUAUGGGCAAGUUCCAAUUCUUUGUUUGGGACUAACUUUUGAUGGUGAUCGUAUUAUCUGCGGGUUUUUGGAUAGAACUAUUAGAGUUUGGUUUAGAACUGAACAACAACUAUUCCUUGAGGAAGAGAGAGAAAAGGAACAGGAAGAACAACUCGAGAAAGAAAUCCUUCAAGGAAAUACAAAUGAUUAUACCGAAAAUAUGGCUUCAGUUUCAGUAAUGUCUCGACCAACACGUAAAACAUUCGAAUCUUUGAAAUCAACAGAAAAGCUUAUGGAAGUUAUUGAAAUUGCUUAUAAUUAUUAUAUUGAAUUAUUAAAACACGAUUUAGUUUUAAAUGAAAUUAAGAAGGAAAAAAAGUUGGAAGAUUCGAAUAGUUUUCCUCCACCUCCUCCUUCUCCUUUAGAAAUUGGGGAGUAUUCUGUUCAAGAAUAUAUUCUUUUGUCUAUACAGAAGAUAUCAUCUAAUCUGCUUUCAGAAGUGGUCUGGUCUCUUCCUUUGCUCUAUGCUGAAAAAUUAUUAAUUUUGGUAGAAUCUGUAUUAAAGUUAAUGUAUGAUCAUUCAAUAUUAUAUUCAAAGCAACAAUCGAAAGCUUUUAUAGAUAAUAAGAAUUUGUCAUUUUAUGGCUUGGAGCCAUUGACUAGAACGGUUUUAUGCUUGGUACAGACCCAUUUCAUUCACUGGAUUUCUUCUAUAAAUACAAUAUCCCCCAUAAUUGGUCAGAAUGAUUCCAGUGGAGGUUAUCUUAAUAUUUGGGCAAAAUCAUCUGAUCCCAGAAAUGAUAGAAUUCCUAAGUAUAAUAUUCGUUCCGUUCUUUCUAACUUGAAAAUUUACAUUCAUUACUUGCUUAAGAAUCAAAUGGAAGUUGUUUCAUUAAACAAUGGUAUUUUAAAAAUUCUUGAACAAGAUGCUGCUAGUAACUCCUCAAUUAAGUUGAUCACUUUUGAUGAAAUUAAUGAACAAAGAAAAAACAAGCAAAGUAAAAAGAGACGUACAAAGUAA